CUCGAACAGGUGCUCCAUAUAGCUUCUAAAACGAUCGUCAUUUCCUGAUUGUCCACGGAGCCUAACACGGAGCGUCGUCCACAAUGUCCGUGCAUCGCGAUGGCAAUAGUAUCACACUAUAGAGACGAAAGGCAUAAAUACAGCAACAGAUCGUUCAAAGCCAUGAUAUCUUGCAACAGACACAACAGCCUUGCACCUCCCAGCACACUCCAGUCAUUACCAAUUCGCAACAACUUCAAUCGCCAAAAUGAAGCUUUCCAUCCUUGCCACCAUCCUUCCCCUCGCUCUGGGCAGCGUCAUUCCCCGUGCCGACAGAGGCAGCUAUGCUGCUCCGGGCUUGGGUGCACGCAAGCAGGAGCUGCUGGACGCUGGCGCCAACACCAUGGACAUGGCCAUUGCCAUGCUCGAGACCGAGAACAUGGGAACCGACUACGAAUAUGGAGACGGCAAGAGCGGUGACGCCACCAACUUUGGUAUCUUCAAGCAAAACUGGAUGAUGCUGCGCCUGUCCGCGUCCGAGUUCAAGGGAAUGUCUGCCGAGGAGGUUGACGAGGGAGCCAUUCUCAACGAGGAUCUCGGAAAGGACAUCCAGGCCCGCCACGACAGCGAGGAGUUCUACGGCUUCGACAAGUGGUGCGGUGGUCACCGCAACGGCGAGACUGGUCUCGGUAACCCCGACACCGACGAUAUCCACAACUACAUGGCUGGUAUCACUUGGAUCCAGGAGCAGAUUGAGAGCGAUGAGAAGUUCCAGACUGACGACACCCGCUUCUGGGUUGACGUUGUUCCCAUCUAA